GUGCUCUGCCGCUUUAAGAAAGGUGGUAUCCUCGUCAACUCCCGAACCCAUCCCCCGAUCUCUGCUGCUGGCUGUGUUUAAUCUCAUUGUCAGCGAGUGCAACACAGCACCGACCAGAGCAGCAUCAAGCACUUGAGCAGCGGCGUCUUUUACACAUGGAAAUCACGCCUUCACACAACACGGGCCUCUGAAAUGCAGAUUUGCACUACAAAAACUUUACUACCCAGAUUUCCAGAACAAAAAGUGCCGGGGGACUGGAACCAGAAUUAAUGCGCAGCGCUCGGAAGGGAGAGCAACCACUCGUACGGGUUUAAAGUUUAUCGGACCGUUUUUAAUCGGUUGAAUUUAGAAGAUUUGAGUUUUUUUUUUAAAGAACAAACUUGCAAGCACACAAUUAGCAUCAAAAGACGGUUCUGUAAUUUAAUUCAACGAAAGAUUUAACGUUUUAUUAUUAUUAUUAUUACUACAGUUUAAUGUAAUCAUUUAGUUUUUUAAAAUGCACACUUUUGCAGUUAGAGGCGUUGCAUUCGUGGUAUUGUUUAGUGUGUUUCCACCGGGCUUGUCAGACUCCUGCCCCUCGUCUUGCGAGUGCUCCGAAGCUGCCCGGACUGUGAAGUGUAUCUUUAAGGAUAUGGCUGAGAUCCCGGCGGGUAUCCCGGCUUACACGAGAAACCUCUACCUCACGGGCAACAGCAUCAGUCGAGUUGGACCGGCGUCAUUUAGAGGGCUGGAUGAUGUCACCAAACUUUCAUUAAGCCAUAACAGAAUUACUGUGAUAGAGUCCCAGGCAUUUGCUGCCCUGCACAACCUCCGUGUUUUAGAUCUGAGUAACAACGGUCUCUCCGUCAUACACCCAGAUUCCUUCAACUCGGAGAACAACUCUAUUCGCGAUCUCAACCUCAGCCGCGCUCUUUACAACCAUUCUGCAAUCGGCGACCUGGCGGCGGCAAUGUGCCGAGGUGGCUUCAGGAACCUGCGCAAACUGGAUCUAUCGGAGAAUGAGAUCGUCUACCUCCCGAAUGGUAUCUUCUCCUCCCUGACGGCCUUGAGGCACCUGGACCUGAGAAACAAUUCCCUAGUGGUCAUCAAGAACUCUACCUUCAGUGGCCUCGACCUGGAAGCACUGGACUUGAGACUCAACGCCAUUCAGACGUUCAGAGCGGACAGCCUGAGAGAGCUCGAUAGAAUGGAGAGGGUGGAGAUCCAGCUGAGGGACAACCCGUUUGUCUGCAACUGUGGCAUCGAAGACUUUGCCGACUGGCUGAACGCUACUGCAAAAGUGGUGGAUGCAGACAGGCUGGUGUGUUUUCUUCCGAAAGAACUGUACAACACCUCGCUGCUGGCUGCGCUGGACCUGGAGCUCGGGUGCCACCACAGCGAGAGCGGAGAGAUCGCCCUGCAGACCUCGUACGCGUUCCUCAGCGUCGUUCUCGGCUUCGUGGGCGUCAUCUUCUUGUUUGUGCUCUACCUGAAUAGGAAAGGUAUCAAAAAGUGGGCCAAUGAAGUUCGCGAUGCCUGCCGGGAAAUAAUGGAAGGCUACCACUACAGAUACGAGAUCGAGUCCGACCCCAGGUUAGGCCAGUUAUCCACCUCGGAUUUGUGAUACUCUAACAAAUCCUGUGCCUAAAGACUUGUAUGUAGCCUGGUUUGUUUUCUCUCUAAUGACUUCAUAUUUACAGGGGGGUUAUUAAACUCUAAAUACAUUUGCAUAUAUUCAUAUGUUGAAAAAAAAAACAGCAUGAACAAUAUUUGCUCAUUAUUGUGUACAGAAAUGUUCUUAUUUUUAGCAUGUUGAAAUCGGAAGGACUCUGUGCUCUUUUGUGUAGCUCCACUGGUUCAACAGUGUUUCUGGCUUGAAGUUCUUAAAUGGAUAAUGUCUUAGUAACUCAAAAAAACAGGACGCAACAGCUGGUCAAAAUAAAGAGGCAGAACACCAAGGAAUUUGCACAGACUGGCUUGUACAUCCAUCCACUAAUGGGUUAUUCCAACUCAACUGGACCAAUAGGGGUUGACCAUUUUUUUUUAGGUUAUGCAAAUGAACAUUUUUUUUACCACCUUCCACUUGUCUUCACCACACACUUCCCUUGCAACCAACCUGGGACAUGUGGUUUAAGUUUUAACCACACAUGGGCACACAGGCACGUUUCACCAAAACACCAGAAAUGCACAUAAUUGAAUCACUAAUCAGGAUUUCUUUUUUUUAAUGGAAGAGUUCUACGUUAACAAACAUGUGCAGAACAACACUAAACUAGGAUGUUGUUGUAGUAUCCCAAUGUUUUGUCACAUUUCUUCCGUGAAGGAAAGUUUUAUGUAUAUUUAUAAGAAUGUGCAUUCAGAUGUUCAGACCACACAGGUUACUAGCUUUGUGAUUAUGAAGAUGUAGAACCCUUCUCCCUAAUGUUAAUAGAGUGAUUAUCUCUGCUGUACACUAGAUGGCGCUGGCUGUGACCCGCACCGUCUACAGACCCUUUGGUUGAUCUUAAGGAACAAGGAAGUCAAACAGCAAAGCCAGCAUGAUAUUAUAAGACAGCUGUUUCAGUGCAGACAUCUGUCAUUUUUAAACUGAUUAGAGGAGUUUAAAGAAAGCGCUUUUUAGUGCUUGCCAACAUGAUAACAAUGGAGGGGGAGUCAAGAUAAAAAGUCAUUUGGAUCCAUUUACUCUUAAAGUGUGAGAGUGUAACAUUUUUAAAGACUUUUUCAUGCUCUGGGUGAUGUAACUGCUGAAUGUGUUUCUGACUGAAAUGCUUUUCUGCGUGUCAGAUGUUUGUGGGAUACAGAAUUUCCGAAGCUGCAAUUUUAUUUCGUACCAUGUGGGGAUCUGAGAUAACGUAACACCUUUUAAAUAAACAGUCUUUGUUUCUA